UGGUAUUAGUUAUCAACCUGGAUUCACUCAAUUCGAAGUGGGUAAAUACAAACAAUCUUAUUUCAGUGGAGUUGACUGCUUUCAUCCAAAUAAGUGCGCUAACCAGGUGAUGGCUAUACUUUUAUGGAAUAACAUGUUUUCUAAUCCACAAGAAAAGAACCAGAUUUAUGACCUUGAAUCACUCGAGAUUGUCUGUCCAAGCCCUACACGUCCUUAUAUUCAAUAAAAAAGUGCAUUUGCACGAUGUUACACGAAUUAGAAUGGUGCCAUCAAAUGGUACAGACAAGUUACAUUUCUUAUUUCCUUUGUUUCUUUCUCAUGUUUCGUAAAAGCAACUCAAACUCGAAUUCAUCACUUUCUUCUGGAAAUGCAUCAAUUAUAGAACAAAAACAUGAACGAGUAAACAAUAAUAGUGAUACAGAAGAAGAUGACGAAAAAUCAAUUGAUAUCACUAUUGAAUCCAUGUCGGCUGUGAUUGCUGCUGCAGUGCAAUUAUCUUCAUCAAAUGGAAAACCUUCUUCUCUUUCCUCAGGAUCUGCUUCUAUCCUUCAACCUUUCUCAAAGCAAGACAAGAGACGUAACAGCAGAUUUUCAUUAUUUACUUGGAAAAAGCAGGAAAAGAAAGAAAAGGAUAAUACAACACCAACGCUGGAUUCGGGUUUAAGCUUGAAUCAGAGCUCAGAUGAUGAUAGUUGCUCUUCACCGUCUUCUCCUCGUAGCUCAUCUGCAUCAUCACCCAAGGCAGUCAUGAUAGAUGAUGGAAAGGAUGAGUUGAUGUAUAGAGGUAUACAGAUUAAAGAGAUCAAAACGACGUUAAAGACACUUGUCAUAUCAGAUGAAGUACGACAUCCAAUGCCACAGGUUAAACUUGAAAGGCCUGGUUUUGCUCGUAUCAAUUAUUAAAUAAUACCCUUUCUCAUUUUUGUAUAUUGCUAUUUAUCACCCUUUUUUUUUAUGUAAUAAUAAAUUUCCUACUUUUCUUUAUUUAUAUUCUGUUGCGUGUUUCUAAGGCAACCGUACAACCUUAUUUGCAGGGAAACGAGGAAAAAAAAAAAAAAACAAUCAUCUGGUAUUGAAAAA